AUAUACCCGAGCGCUGAUUGGUAGAAAGUUUCGCGGACUUUGCUCUGUGGUGGGAGGAGUCUAGUCUGGAGAUCUGCUGAUUCCAGUUGAGCUGAUCGGCGCGGCGUGAUUCUCCAAUACUAAAUAAUUACCUCCACGUGUGACAGGUAGUCAGCAGCAGCCAUGUCUCUAACAAACGGCCACAGUGUGAGCAAAGAAACCUGGGACUCGCACAACAAGAUGCUGCUGGAGCCUCUGGCCGUCAAUGACUCUGAGGUGUUUUCCAUCAUUAAAAAGGAAAAGCACAGACAGAUAUACGGUCUGGAGCUCAUAGCGUCUGAAAACUUCGCCAGCAGAGCUGUUCUCGAGGCUCUUGGUUCCUGCAUGAACAAUAAAUACUCUGAGGGGUAUCCUGGACAGAGGUAUUAUGGUGGAACAGAGCAUGUUGAUGAGCUAGAGCGUCUUUGUCAGAAGAGAGCGCUGGAGGCCUUUGGUCUGGAUGCUGAUAAAUGGGGAGUCAACGUGCAGCCAUACUCAGGUUCUCCUGCUAACUUUGCCAUCUAUACGGCUGUUGUGGAGCCACAUGGCAGGAUCAUGGGUCUGGAUCUUCCUGAUGGGGGUCACCUGACACACGGAUUCAUGACUGAUAAGAAGAAAAUAUCUGCAACAUCCAUCUUCUUUGAGUCUAUGCCAUAUAAGGUGAACCCAGAAACUGGCUACAUUGAUUAUGAUCGACUGCAGGAAAACGCGCGGCUCUUCCACCCCAGGCUCAUCAUCGCAGGAGUAAGCUGUUAUUCUCGCAACCUCGACUACGCCCGCUUGAAGCAGAUUGCUGGUGAGAAUGGCGCCUACCUGAUGGGGGACAUGGCUCACAUCAGUGGACUAGUGGCUGCCGGAGUGGUGCCCUCACCCUUUGAGCAUUGUGACAUCGUUUCCACGACGACUCACAAGACGCUGCGCGGCUGCCGUGCUGGACUCAUCUUUUAUAGGAAAGGUGUACGGAGCGUAGACGCCAAAGGAAAGGAGACGCUCUACAACUUGGAGUCUUUGAUUAACCAGGCCGUGUUUCCAGGGCUGCAGGGAGGACCACACAACCAUGCGAUUGCAGGUGUGGCUGUGGCUCUCAAACAGGCGAUGACUCCAGAGUUUAAGGCCUACCAGUCACAGGUUCUUGCCAACUGCAAAGCUUUAUCCGGCGCUCUAAUGGAUCUGGGUUACAAGAUUGUCACCGGUGGUUCUGACAACCAUCUAAUCCUGCUGGACUUGCGUAAUAAAGGAACUGAUGGAGGACGAGCCGAAAAGGUUCUGGAGGCUUGUGCCAUCGCUUGUAAUAAGAAUACCUGUCCAGGAGACCGGAGCGCGCUGCGUCCUAGUGGUCUGAGGUUUGGUUCUCCAGCUCUGACCUCCAGAGGCUUGGUGCAGGAUGACUUCAAGAAGGUGGCCCACUUCAUUCACAGAGGUAUCGAGCUGACGUUGGAGAUCCAGAGAAGCAUGGAUCCUAAAGCCCCUCUGAAGGAGUUCAUCCAGGCAUUGGUUAAUGGAGAGACGUUCCAACAGCGAGUGGCUGAGAUCAGAGCUGAGGUGGAGGCCUUUGCUGGCCAGUUCCCCAUGCCUGGUCUACCUGAGCUGUAGGAACAUUCCCGAUGCUGUUCUCGUCAAACCGGAAACACUUCCGGGUGACAUUCCUGCAUGGACGCAUUUGUACUUGCUAAUGAUUUUUUCUGAAGGACAGAAAUGUACCUUUGGCGGUGUCAGAUCAUUUGAUAUUGUUACAAAGCCGUGCCGUUUUAGACGGGAUGUAGUCUCUCUGCAGAUGUAACAGUGAAGAAAUGGCUUUAAUUUUGUCUUCAUUUCAUGAUUCCAAAGGUUUCUGACAAGCUGUUGAAGCUUAAAAUGAAAUAAACCAAUAUUUUUACAUCCAA